CUGCAUCAAACUAUAUCCCCUAGAUUGCUACUGUUGGUGAUAUGCACUGCAUGCGAUUGCGUGCUCGAUUUCCGAAAUGUCGAUCCCUUUCAAUGGAACUCGUACACGUUCAAAAGGAAUAAUAAGUGCAAUAGCAAAGCAUUUGAGAACUUUAUCUUUAAAACCAGUUAAAUCAAUUGAUAUAAAAUUCGAUCCCUUUCAUGAUAAAGCCUUGGAAGCAAGAGAUUUUCUAUUUCACAUUACAACUCCAAAGAUUAUUGCAACAAAUCCACGUUGCAUUGUAAAACCAUGCAUUGUUUCUGAUUUAUCUGAACCCGUAAUUACGUUCAAUUUAAUAUCUGGUGAUAAAAUAGUAUGCAAAUGUGCAAAUUUGACAUCUUUAAAUCUUUUGGAACUUUACAACAAACACAUCACACCUUUGACUCCAUGUGAAGAUUAAGUUUAAAAGAAGUGAUUCUUUUUUAUAAUAAUAUAAUUUGGCUAUUUAAUUAUUUUUUUCUUAAUCAAAUUUUAAAAAGCAUUGAAUUUUUACAGCAUAAGAAAUAAUUUAUUUUUAAAAUGGCAAGUCAUACUUCAAAUAAUAAAAAUUAUAAUAUGAAACUGAUUGACACACUUUAUAAUCAAGUUCCAGCUUUUACUGAUGUAUUUGAUGAAGAAACAUGGUAUAUUUUUGUUGCCUGCUUUGUAGCAGGAACAUUUUUAGUUGCAUUUAUUCUUUCAAGAUUUAUUACAUUGAAACCUGUAGAAUAAAUGUAUCAUGUUGUUUAAAAAAAUGUAAUUCAUAUUCAUAUAGAAAAAAUUAAUUUAUACUUAGUUAUAUACAUUAUAUAUAUUAAAAUAAAAUUUAAGAUUUGUUAAGAUUAUAUUGUAAUAAUUAUAAUUUUUCUGUAUAUUUUCUAUAAAUUGUAAAUAUAAAGAUCUAUAGAAUUUUUCUUGCAACUAAAACAAUUUAUAACAAAAUAUAUUGUAAUUAAUUAAUGUCUUAUAUAAAAUAUUAUGUAAUUUGAAUAUAUUUUCAAUUAUUUGAAAUAUUCAUUUAGUAAUUAUAUAUAUUUUUUUUAUCAAAAUUCAUUAAUUUUAUGUGUUAUGAAGAUACACUUUGAAAUUAAUAUUUACACUGCGAAGAUUUUAUAAUUAUAUUUUUAUAAUUUUAGUAAACAUUAAAAUAAUUCGUAUUUUUAAUGUAAUAAAAAUUGUUUAAUAUUUAAUAAUAAAAAAUUAAUGAAAUACGAA